GGACAGGAUAUCAUAAUUUUUGCCAGUCGCAGGAACAAGAUUUCAAGAUGAGAGGAAAUAUUAAUUGCACCAAAUACAUGCUGAUUGCCUUCAAUGUGCUUUUCUUCGUCGUGGGAGGAGCCAUUCUUGGCGCGGGGGCGCACCUUCACAUCAAGGAGGGACCGUUCAUGACGUUACUUCCCAGCAUGCCCUUUCUCAACGUGGCUAAUGUCAUGAUCUUCGCCGGGAUCGUCAUCCUGGUCGUUUCUUUCAUCGGUGGAUACGGGGCCAUCAAGGAACACCAGUGUUUGCUGCUUACGUAUUUCGUCUUCAUGGUCCUUGUUUUCAUCCUUGAAGUGACCGCCGGAGGUCUCGGCUUCGUUUACCGCUGGCAAGUGGCCAAGUAUGUCGCCAACGAGAUGAGAGCUGGGGGCUUAGCUAAAUAUAACACACCGGGAGAGGGCGGUCUGACAAAAGCAUGGGACAAACUUCAGAGCACACUUGCAUGUUGCGGAGUUUUCAAUGACACGGACUGGGCUAAUACAGCGAACGGCAUGUUCCUGCCCCGACAGACCCCUGAUUCAUGCUGCCUCUUCGCCGCUCCGGGAUGCGGGAAAGACGUCAAUUCGGAGAAAUUCAUCCGGGGAUGUAAAGGUGCCAUCAUAAUGGAGUUGGAAUCGAAGGCUCACGUCGUUGGGAUUGCUUGUAUAAUCGUCGCUAUCUUUCAGAUCUUUGGUAUUGGGCUCGCAUAUACGAUGUGGAAAAGCGUGAGCGAUAGAGCUGGCGGCAACUAUGUCUAACACCGACUUACACUAAGGCCAGAGUGCUGAACACUAUACACCGAGAUAUCAUACAGAGGGGCAGCUACUGCCAGAGCUAUUGAUUAGGAGAGUUUUACCAACCCAGGUCGAGUUGGGCACAACAGUAUGGCGAGUACUGGUGUUGUGCCCAAGUGAAACCAAGUUGGCCAAACUCUGUGUAUAGGAUGGCUCUGGCUACUGGGAAGUUAGAGCGCCCUCAAGCUUGGCGGCGCUGGACAAUUUUGAAAGGGGUGGGGGAACAAAGUACCGACAAAUUGACAAAAAAUCAACAAAUAAGAGUAAACAAAAUAAUAUAAUAAAGAUAUGACUCUCAAAUUCCAAAUUUGAAGGCCCUAAGUCGAAUUUCUAUAUAUUCACUUUAUUCAAUGUUACGGAAGGAUUAAUACAUUAAAAACUCAAAAUUUCAUGUAUGUAUAUAUUGAAUAAACUUUUUAAGUAGAAGAAUAAGUUUAUUCAGUUGAAUAACAAUUUUGUUUACUGGCGAUUUGCAACGAACCUGUCAAACGGCCGCUAAAUCUCGAGGAUGACGAUAAUGCUUGUAAACAAAGAGGGCGCAUAUCAAAUUAAAUCUCUGGUAAACUGCGAUAAACUUUUUCUUUCAUGUACAGGGGACGGUUAGCGUCUUGGAAGGGAUGUAAAUAUACACCUUAGUAACCUGGUGGUGAUAUUUUGUAUAUACUUGUUUUAAAGUGAGUGUUAAUUGAUCUUAUUUUAAUUUACGAUAUACAGUGGGGGGGGGGGGGGGGGUGUUCCGGAUUUAAUUCGAAUUAUUAAAUCAUAAUGUAAAAAUGGUUAUCAUAAAAAUUGGCAUAAUUAUUAACAAAUAACUGAAACUAGUACAAAUAUGACAAGUAUUUGAACAAAAUAAUGAAAUAGAAUAUUGUUUUGAAGGUUACCAAAGGGGAAAGCAAUAUAUACACAAUAAACGUUAUUACACUUUAAUUUUUGUUACCGUAAUUCAGCUGUUAAUUUCCGAGUUGUGUUCAUGAACGUUAUGAGCUAAGCUCAGCAGAUGGUUAUUGAAAUAUUUGGUUAUGAAUUUUGAAUAUUAUAAUACAAAGGGCUUUACAGGAGAAGAAUACGUACAGAUGCUCGUGUUAUAAGCAGAUGUUUGCGAAAUUAUAAUUGUGAUUUUAAAUAAGUGUCCGUGUUGAAUCAAUAUUGAAGAAUAAAAUUUGAUAUAAUAUCGUA